AUGAACGGCGAAAAAGAUCUCGACCGUGCCUUCGACGACAAGCUCGAUGACGAGAAGGGCGGCCUGCCCGGCGACGUGGCGGCUCCCACUUUUCAGGAGGACUCUCAAGCGAAGUCGCCUCGUGACAGAACAAGCAGUCUGUUCACAAUCAUUGCGGCUGGUGCCGGACUUAUUAGCGAUGGUUACCAGAACUCCCUCAUGACAAUGACCAAUGUCAUCCUGGGUUUGAUCUACCCAACGAGUUAUACAUCGGUUGUGUCAACUCGCGUCUCCAAUGCCUUGCUCGUGGGAGAAAUUCUUGGCCAGAUAUUCUUUGGUAUCAUGACAGACCGGAUUGGCCGCAAAACCGCCAUCGUGACGACCACGCUGUUUAUCGCUCUUGGAUCCCUCAUCGGAACUGCAGCUAACGGGGCAAACGGGAGUGUCGAUGGUCUCUUUUGGUGUCUUACGUUCGCUCGUGGUAUCACUGGUGUCGGCGUUGGUGGUGAGUAUCCUGCUGGCUCUGUGAGCGCCAGUGAGGCGGCGAAUGAGCGGGUAUUGAAACACCGUGGCCCUGUGUUCAUUAUGGUCACUAACUUCGUCUUGUCAUUUGGUGGUCCCCUUGCCGUCUCUGUGUUCCUCAUCGUUUUGAGCGCGGCCGGGGAAAAUCAUCUUGGUACCGUGUGGCGUGUGUGCUUUGGAAUCGGCAUUCUUCUUCCUCUCACUGUGCUCAUCUUCCGACUGAAGAUGAUCAACAGUCGGCUGUAUCGUGCAGGCGCCAUCAAGAAGCGUGUUCCGUACGGUCUGGUUUUCAAAAAGUAUUGGAGGCGCCUGAUCGGCACCUGCGGUGCUUGGUUCCUGUACGAUUUCGUCACUUUCCCCAACGGUAUCUUCUCGGGCACUAUCAUCUCUAGCGUGGUACCUAAUAAGGACAUCAAGAGCACGGCAGAAUGGCAGUUGCUCCUAGGUACUAUCGCGCUUCCUGGUGUAUUUGUGGGUGCCUUCCUCUGUGACCGGAUCGGAAGGCGGAAUACCAUGAUGCUGGGCUUCUCUGGCUAUCUUGUGUUCGGACUUAUUAUUGGAUGUGCCUACGACCGGAUAACCCAAAUUGUUCCGCUCUUCAUUGUGUUCUACGGCUUGAUGAACAGCUUUGGCAACCUGGGCCCUGGUGAUAUGCUGGGUUUGAUUUCUUCUGAGAGCUAUGCAACCGCUGUCCGUGGGACCUGUUACGGCAUUUCCGCGGCCCUUGGCAAGACCGGUGCGGCUGUUGGCACCCAGGCCUUCACCCCAAUUCAGAACAACCUCGGCAAAAAGUGGAUCUUUAUUAUUGCUGCUAUCUGCGGUGUUACCGGCAUUAUCGUCACUUACACUUUUGUGCCCAAGUUGACGGGCGAUGAUCUCGCGAGGGAGGAUAUUGAAUUUGCGGAGUUCCUGGCAGCGAACGGUUGGGAGGGUGAAAUUGGCGAAGAUGAUGGAGAGCACCUCAUUGGAGGCACGACGACGAAGGCUGUUCCAGUGACGGUUUAG